UCGAAUUUAGGUCAUCGACAUAAAUGAUUAUUGGAUUCUGAAAUACAUCCUUAUGCAAAGUAAACGGCACAGUCUUCCUUUUUGUCAGCUUAUGUCGUCACGGAACGAAUAUUAAUAUUCAGCGACUUUCGACAUUCUUUAGUGAGAAUCUAUUCAUUCUCAGGGAAACAUCCUUGAUAAAGAUUCCCAUGAAUCCUAAGGCUGCUCUACUGCUGAUGGUGGUGGCUGUUCCCUUCACAUCUGCGACUAACGCUAACCUCUCUCCCCAGAUCACUGAGCCUCCGAAAAACCAGACUGUUACCGAAGGAUACUCUGUCAACUUUAGCUGCCGAGCGUCAGGAAUACCAACACCAACAUUUGUCUGGGCUUUUAAUAAUAGUGACCUACCAUCUGGUAUCAAUCAAACCGAUCAAGAAGGAGAAUCAAUCCUGGAAUUACCACGUGUCACUAAAGAGAUGAAGGGGACUUACAAAUGUACAGCAGGAAAUAAGGAAAAUUCAACUAGUUCCUCUGCAACACUAAUUGUUUAUGACCUUAAAAGACCCCGUUANGUUGUGGAAGAGGACAGUGGUGAAUAUUCUUGUGAAGCAAGUAACAUAUUAGGAAUUGUGGCUCGCUCUUCUGUGAUAUUGGAUGUAGAAGGAAAUGCAGCAGCUCCUUCCAGCAGCCCAAUAGAGUGGUACUACAUUGUUGGACCGUUGGCUGCCUUCAUGUUCAUCCUGGCUCUCAUUGGAUAUAUUGAAAAGCGCCGUACGGCAGGUAAAAGGAACUUUGAAGAGGUGUCAUAGAUUACCUAAGAAAGUGCUUUGUAUA